AUGCCCAUCACUCUCAAAUUGGGGCAUCGCAGCAAGGGCUCUGUGUCAGCUUCGUCACCCAGCGCUUCAUCACCUGGGCCAAGUGCAGGUGCAGGCGGAGCAGCAGGGCCGAGUCGAAGUGUCUCCUUCUCUCAGCAGGCCAGCUAUGCGCCUGCUCCUCCCCCGCUGAGAGAUGAGAGCCAGGAGUUGCCUGCCCUGCAAUCUUCUUCGCUGGCCAUGACUUCAUCGUCGACAGGUCCACCAAGAAACGGCGCUGGUCUGGCUGUUACUUCAUCACCAACACUUCGUGCCCCACCUCGCCCACAAAAGAAGCGCCGCACCCGUUCGCCUACUCCUCCAUCCACGGCUCACUCUACUUGUCUACCUCUCCCUUCCUCUUCCUCUUCAUCUAGAAAGUCCAGCCCCUCCGCCGAUCGUCUCGUCCACACUUCCUCGCUGUCCUCUGAAUCCCAAGCAAGAGACGCCCUCGACCUUGUCAUCCAGCGAUACGCCCGCCUCGCAGGCUAUGCGGGCAUACAGCGUCCGGUAAUCGAAGUGCUGCGUGGCUGGCUGGAUCACUAUCUGGAGGAUAUGGUGCAGCUAGCUGCUAGGUGUGCGGAGCAUAGCGGUCGCAUCAGGCCGAAUGCGAGGGACUUGCUAGAGGGGAUCGUGAGGGCGAGGAGGGAUGAUGCCGCGGACGAGGAGGAAGAAGGCGCAGAUGAAGCCGACGAGUCCUUCGACCUCGAAACGGGAGAAGCGAAGAAGAAGGACGAAGUGCGCCACUUGGCCAGCGCAAAGGAGUACGAAUGCGAAGUGAGCCGUAUAGUCGAGUGGAGACACAAGGUCCCGGACUACGAGCCUUCACCGCGGGCUCCAACGGGCGGCGACGAAGGGGAUGCCACUGCGCCAGCGUGGGCAAGAGACGACCAAGCAAAAUUCGUGCAGACGCUCCUUCGACAUAAAAGAGAGGAGGACAAGGAAGACGACGAUGAUCUGUCGGAGACCCUCUUCCUACUCGGCGAGAAGACCCGUCGCCAGGAGAAGCAGUCCCGGAACGAGAUUCCAUCGCAUCUUCCUGAGCUACCGGCGUUGCACACAUGGCGCAAGACCGAUUCAUACCCUUCCAAUCGAUUUCUGGCUUCAUCGUCCACCAUCGAGGAGCAGGGCAAGCCAGAGGAAGGAGAGGAAGCAGCAGGGGGAGGGGCAGCGACCACGAAUGGUACCCUCUCUCGUCUUGAGUCGCGACUAUUGUCCUCGCGUCUGGUGCAAACGAGUCUCAGUGCGCUCAUCGGAAGGCUCGACGAGGCGGGUAUGGCGGCUGCUCAACGCAAGUUUGAAGGGUACGAGGGCAAGGAACAACAAGCUCUCACUGCAGUGCGGACGAGCGCCUCAGGACCCAACGCCAUGCCUUCCUCGCCCAUCAAUUCGCCUGGCACCUUUGCGGCCUCCUCACCUGCUCCGGCAUCUCAAUCGCAGGACACAACGAUGCGCACCUCCUCGCCGUCAGCAUCAGCCACAGCGACUGGAGGCACAGGUCCACGACUCUCCAUCCGACUGCGUACGGCCUCCACCUCUCAACAGCAGCAACAAAGCAGCUCCGGUCCUCCCACACCGGACAAUGCUCCUUCUCCCCUCUCAGGAGGUACCACGGCUGCCUUAGCAUCAAGGCGCUCAGUUGCUGUGCCGCCACCCUCAUUGUCCUUGGACACCCAGCAGCAGCCCUUCCAAUCCGGGCAUCAGCGCUCUCUUUCCCUCUCACUCUCUCGGCCCGGAUCAAGAAGAGGCACACUUAUCGGAGGCGCUGCUACGCCAGCAACCUCGUCAGCGUGGGGUAUGCCGCAAGCAAGUGGUGUCCUGAUGUCCCCAGCCACGCCUGCUACUGCGGGCGGGCUGGCGGGUCUGACGGGCUUCACCGGCGGUGCGAGUGGGUCAUUGGGCAUGACUACUCCCACCAGUGCUGUGACGCCAGCUUGGCCUUUCUUUGGAGGGGGGACGGCAAGUAUGGCAGGCACUCCGAGGGGGUCUUUCGCGUUUCCCCCGGCCGAGACAGGUGGGGUGGGAGAGGGAGGGGAGGGAGUGAACAACAAUGUGGUGGUGACGCUACCGCCUGUGAUCAACUUCAAACAGGGGUGGUACGGGAGAAAGAGAGCAGCGUGA